AGGGACCUUCAGGCAGCCGUCGUGGUCACCACAGAACGCGGGAGGAGCCGAGACAUGGACCCCAUGAACACCACUGAGGACAACUAUGACUACCCUUCUUGGACCCUAGACCCCAACAAGCCUGUGGAUGGGCCUAUAAAACAGCAGUUGCAUCCUGGGGAUAUUGUAGGCCUGAUCAUCUACUCGGCUGUGUUCCUGGUGGGAGUUCCUGGGAAUACCCUGGUGGUGUGGGUGACAGCAUUCGAAGCCAAACGUACCAUCAAUGCCAUCUGGUUUCUGAAUCUGGCCGUGGCCGACCUCCUGUCAUGCUUGGCUCUGCCUGUCCUGUUCAUUGCCGUUAUAAAGUACGGGGACUGGCCCUUCAGCCCCCAGGCCUGCUCAAUCCUGCCCUCACUCAUUCUGCUCAACAUGUACGCCAGUAUUCUGCUGUUGGCCACCAUUAGUGCUGAUCGUUUCCUGUUGGUCUUCAACCCCAUCUGGUGUCAGAAGGUCCGAGGGCCAGGCCUGGCGUGGAUGGCCUGCGGAGUGGCCUGGGUCUUAGCUCUGCUCCUCACCAUCCCGUCCUUCAUAUUCCGUCAGGUGUACAAAGACCCCUACUCAACCAAGUUGUUAUGUGGUGUUAACUACGGUAAGAAUGGCUUCCGCAAGGAGAAGGCUGUGGCCCUGCUGCGGCUGAUCAUGGGUUUUGUGUUGCCUCUGCUCACACUCAAUAUAUGCUACACGUUCCUUCUUCUACGGACCUGGAGUCGCAGGGCCACACGCUCCACCAAGACGCUCAAGGUUGUGGUGGCUGUGGUUACCUGUUUCUUUGUCUUCUGGCUGCCCUACCAAGUAACAGGGAUCAUGAUAGCUUGGCUGCAUCCGUCCUCAACCACCUUCAGGAAUGUGCAGAAGCUGAAUGCCCUGUGCGUAUCCCUGGCCUACAUCAACUGCUGCGUCAACCCUAUCAUCUAUGUUGUGGCUGGCCGGGGCUUCCAGGGGCGGCUUCGCAAGUCACUUCCCAGUAUCAUCCGCAACGCGCUCUCGGAGGACUCCGUAGCCAGGGACAGCAAGUCUUUCACUCGGUCCACGAUGGAUACUUCAACCCAGAAGAGUCAAGCAGUGUAGAGUAGAUGCUGCCACUACCCCUUCUGUUCCUUCUCCAGCCCUCCUCUCUCUCAUUUCCUCCUCCUUUUUAU